AUACAUGGUUUACAUCUAUUGUGUGACAUAAAUUUAGAUUUCUGGUUUUACAUAUUACAUAUUAAGUGCAUUAGAAUUUAAUUUUGCAAAAAUGAAACUGUGUUUGCAAUUGUUCGUCGCAUUUGUUGCAUUUGUUGCUGUUGCAGAAUGCCAAAAUGCGGAUUGUAAAGCUAAUGGAUCACCGUGUGAACGUGACUCAGAAUGUUGUUCAAAAACCUGCAUGUUCUAUGCCCACAAAUGUGUGUCUUCAGGACCCUUAGGACCCGCAAUUCCUGAAAAAACUACAAAUAAAGAAACCAGUAAAAAUGAAAUCAAGAAAUCUUCUAAUCCAGUCAAUAGAAUAAAAGUUAUCAAUGAAUUCAAACCAAAGAACGAAUGCGGAAAACAUGGAGACCCUUGUGUAUCAGAAGAAGAAUGUUGCUCUGGCUUGAGAUGCCACAAAUACGCCAAAAGAUGCCAAGUUAUUUUACCAGAACCUGAAUUUAAAGCACAAGUCAAUAAAUUGGGAUAAAAAUCUCUGAACAACAAAAUUAUUUAGCUUCUAACCAACAGUUUACAUAUUUAU